ACUACAGACUACUACAAACCAGCACAGGACUACUACAGACCAGCACAGGACUACUACAGACUACUACAGACCAGUACAGGACUACUACAGACCAGCACAUUACUACCACAGACCAGUACAGACCAGUUUGGUGACCAGUGGAACCAGCAGGAUCCUUUUGAUGGGACUCCCAGACCAGAGGGCUGUGACUGGACAGUGAGUGACCCCAUGCCUCUGAGUCCGGCUGCCAACGCUAAGCAUGACCCCCCUGAUCACCCCCGGCAACCAGCCGCUACCAAUGGCAACCAGCCAGGUUCCGCCCUUGCCAGGGACGACGGGAGGACUUCCUCCCCAGAUCCUCCUGACGACGGCUCCGGAAACAGCAUCGUCAUCCGUAUUGGCAUCCCUGACCUGCAGCAGACGAAGUGCCUGCGGCUGGACCCCGAGGCAGCGGUGUGGAGCAGUAAGCAGCGUGUGUUAGUGACUCUAACACAGAGCCUGACUGAUGUUCUGAACUACGGCCUGUUUCAACCGGCCUUCAACGGACGAGCUGGGAAGUUCCUAGACGAGGAACGACUGCUGAAAGACUACCCUCUACCCCCCAUCACCCCUAUUCCCUAUCUAGAGUUCCGCUAUAAGAGGCGUGUUUACACUCAGAGCUACGUGGACGACAAGCAGCUAGCGAAGCUCCAUACCAAGGCCAACCUGAAGAAGUUCAUGGACUACGUUUACCAGCUCAGCGUUGACAAAGUCUCCAGGUUCUUGGAGAAAGGUCUUGAUCCUAAUUUCCAUGAUGCAGACACAGGAGAAUGCCCCUUAACCCUGGCGGUUCAGCUCGAGGGCAGUGCAGAGCUGAUUAAAGUCCUGAGGAGUGGAGGAGCCCACCUGGACUUCAGGACGAGAGACGGAAUCACAGCGCUGCACAGAGCCGUUCUCUCAAGGAACCACACAGCACUCACAACGGUGUUGGACCUGGGGGCGUCUCCAGACUAUAGGGACAGCCGUGGGUUAACUCCUUUGUACCACUGUGCCAUGGUGGGGGGAGACCCGUACUGCUGUGAACUGCUGCUUCAUGAACACGCUGUUAUAGGCAGCACCGACGAGAAUGGCUGGCAAGAGAUACACCAGGCAUGUCGUCAUGGGAACGUGCAGCACCUGGAACAUCUGCUGUUUUACGGAGCCGACAUGAGCUCCCAGAAUGCCUCAGGGAACACUGCCCUGCACCUGUGUGGUCUAUACAACCAGGAAGGCUGUGCCAGAGUUCUGCUGUUCAGAGGAACAAAUAAAGACAUUAAGAACUACAACAACCAAACAGCUUUUCAGGUGGCCAUCAUUGCUGGGAAUUUUGACCUGGCAGAGAUCAUUAAGAUCCAUAAGGCCUCAGACGUAGUGCCUUUCAGAGAGAGCCCUUCAUAUUCCUCAAAGCGCCGGCGUCUGGGCGGGGCCAAUAAUGUUGGUGUGUGUGGCUCGUCAUCUCCCCGUUAUCUGAUUCGCUCAGCCAGCGACAACGCUCUGGAAAGCCCCGCCUCUACUUCUCCCGGCCCCUCCCUCCACAGCCUGGAGAACACACACACUUCCAACCGGCAGGCAGACACACACAGCCUUCGCAGGCAGACACGGCGUCUCAGCCCGAGUGGCAGGCUACAGAGGGACCCCAGCCCGCCCCCAUCUCCCCCCAGCCCAGUGCAGCGUGGGAAACGUAGGCUGUACAGCGCCGUGCCAGGGAGGACGUUCAUCGCUACACGGUCUCACACACCGCAGGGUCCCGGGGAGAUCAGCCUGCAUCGGGGGGAGAGGGUCAAAGUGCUGAGUAUAGGAGAAGGAGGGUUCUGGGAGGGUUCUGUUAAAGGACGGACCGGAUGGUUUCCUGCUGACUGUGUUGAAGAGGUCCAGAUGAGACAGUACGACCCACGCCUAGAAACACGAGAGGAUCGAACCAAGAGGCUUUUCAGACAUUACACCGUGGGUUCCUAUGACAACUACACCUCUUACAGUGAUUAUGUCAUCGAGGAGAAGAGUUCUGUGCUACAGAAGAGAGACAGUGAAGGAUUUGGCUUCGUCCUCCGUGGAGCCAAAGCGGAGACCCCUAUAGAGGAGUUUGCCCCUACCCCAGCGUUCCCGGCGCUGCAGUACCUGGAGUCUGUUGACUUGGAGGGCGUGGCCUGGAGGGCGGGGCUACGCACUGGGGACUUCCUCAUUGAGGUGAAUGGCAGUGAUGUGGUGAAGGUGGGCCAUAGACAGGUGGUGUCGCUGAUCCGUCAGGGAGGAAGUCAGCUGCUGAUGAAGGUUGUUUCAGUCACACGCAAACCUGAGUCCGACUUAGUCCGUAAGAAAGCUCCUCCUCCGCCUAAGAGAGCACCCAGCACGUCGCUCACACUGCGCUCCAAAUCUAUGACUGCUGAACUGGAAGAGAUAGCCUCUGCCAGGAGGAGACGAGGGGAAAAGCUGGACGAGAUGUUGACUGGGUCCCAGGAGGUGAUGAUGAGAAAAUGCCCCUUGGAGGCAGACUACAGAGCGGCCACCGUGAAGCAGCGGCCAACCAGCAGGCGGAUUACUCAGCAAGAGAUCAACUCUUUGUUUGAGCGGCAGGGCCUGCCUGUUCCCCCAGGGGUUUCCCUGGGGCUGGAGAAAGCCACCAUGCAGCUGCCUCGUGGAAUGUCCCGGACCAAGUCCUUCGGUGCACCAGAGGAUGACAGGAUCUCUGCUCUGAUUGGAGAGCAUCGGUUUCCAAGGAGCUCUUCGAUGACUGAUGGCUUCAUACCUCCUCCUCCCCAGACUGCCCCCCCUCCUCCCCCUUCCCACUACUUCCUGGACUCUGGCCCGCCGCCGGCCUUCUGCCCUCCACCUCCCCCGCAGCGAGCAGCCGAUCAAUCACACUCCAGCUUCAAGCCGGCGGAACCUAGGCUGCACGAGGUCUGUGAUUCGCCAACGUCUCGGAGCCAUGCAGAGCGGCAGAGGAAAGCUCGCUCCAUGAUCAUCCUGCAGGACUCACCUGUACCAGGCUAUCUACCUGCAGAGUCUGCCCCCCUAGGCCGACCUGCUGGGGCUACAGCAGGGCUGGGCCUGUCCCGGCCCAGCCCUGCUGCCUCACCCAACCCCCUCUCCAGAAUCAGCCCUGCCCCCAGCCCCCUCUCCAGAACCAGCCCUGCCCCCAGCCCCAGCCCCUCUCCAGAACCAGCCCUGCCCCCAGCCCUAACCCUCCAGGGGAGCGCAGCAGCAACAGGAGGCGUGGCCGACCACAAGCCUCAGCGUCGCAAGUCUCCGCUCCUCAAACAGUUGCAGGUGGAGGAGGGGCCUAGCAGGGCAGAGCUAUACCAGCAGCAGGUGCUCACUGAGCGUGCUCAGAUACGGGUCACGCCCCCUCAGGGCCGUAGGUCCUCCUUCUUCCUGUCUGUGGAGGGAGGGGGUUCAGAGCCCCCUCCCAUCCUACUGACCCAGUCCCACUCUGUAGAUGACCUGGGCAAGCCUCUGGACCCCUCCUCCCCCUCGCCCUGGCCCUCGCUGCCCGCGAACGAGCCCCUCACUGCACGCACUCCCAGCCCCGAGCCCAGAACCAAACACGCACACUCCCCUAGCCCCGAGCCCAGGCCCAAACACGCACACUCCCCUAGCCCCGAGCCCAGAACCAAACACGCACACUCCCCUAGCCCUGAGCCCAGGCCCAAACGAAGCCCUCCUCCCCUGACCAGCCCUGAGCUCCGACACAAACGUAUCAACCCACCCAUAUUCCUUGACGGACAGCUGGAGCGGCCAGUCGUAGAGCGGCCAGAGACAGAAGGCGGAGUCACAUCUCCUGCUGUGCCCUCCCCGAGCGUUGGCAGGCUAUGCCCCUCCCUCCCAUCAGUCAGUGAUGAGGAGACGAGGGAGGAGCUUCGUAAGAUUGGUCUGGUGUCUCCUCCCUUGGUGUUUGCCACGCCCCCUCCCCCACCCAGCCCCCUCCUCCCUCAGCCUGUCACCACGGAGACCCCAGGCAGAAGCCCCCCAGCCUUUCCCUGCCACCCAGAAAACCCUGCCCUCCUCCACCUCAGACCCCAGAGCCUGAAGCCCAGGCUGCGUUCUCCCCUGGGCCGUGGGCGCUCUGCUCUCAGGGAUCCUCUACUGAAACAGUCUUCAGACAGCGAUCUGCUUCCAUCUGGCUGUGGACCUGGACGCCCACCACCCUACCUCUUCCAGAGGAGAUCCAAACUUUGGGGGGAGGUGUCCGAGUCUCGGCCCAGGCAGAGUAGCCCUGAGGAGGGCAGGCCAACUGCCAUGGGGGGUGGUGGGCUGGAGCUGGCCUCACGUCUCCAGUUACUCAGUAAAGACUCCCACUCACUCGGAGAGGAGCCUGCAGGACUGCUGGACCCUGGACACAGGUCCCCUGUGGGCGGAGCAAGGUUGUUUAGUAGUCUUGGGGAUGUCCACACCAUCUCCCAGAGAGGUUUUGGUGGCACCACCUACACAGUCCGGCCGGGGAGCCGCUACCCAAUCACACCUCGCCGCAGUCCCAGCCCCCUCCCCUCGCCUGCCCCUGUCCUCUCCCCAGACAGGUCAGAGGUCAGUCCUGGGCGGGGCUUUGGCCUUAGCUCCUCCCAUCACCACCACACCAUCCUCAAGUCGUCUAGCCUCAGCUUGCCUUCGGAGCCCAAGGAGGUCCGCGUAAUGCGGAGUGCCAGCGCUCGAACCCGUUCCCGCUCGCCCUCCCCUCCCCCACGCCUCCCCUGCCCCUCCCCCGUACUGGGCUCCCCCCUGCUCGCCCUGCGGCCGUGGCGCCAACGCCCUCUAGCUCUGUGGAGUAAGUAUGAUGUGGGAGACUGGCUGGAGAGUGUUGGUUUGGCAGAGCAUCGUGCCCGCUUCCAGGAGCAUGAGAUUGAGGGUUCCCACCUCCCUGCCCUCACCAAGGAUGACUUCGCUGAACUGGGCGUGACACGAGUCGGACACCGCAUGAACAUUGAGAGAGCGCUCCGACAACUGCUGGACAACUGAACCUCUAACCCCUGAUAUUACUGAAGGGCUGUCACACCUGAACCCUAACCCUCUGUGGAGGUAUUCUGGCAACACCAGUGGCUGUAACCUGGCAACACCAGUGGCUGUAACCUGGCAACACCAGUGGCUUCAUCCUGGCAACACCAGUGGCUUCAUCCUGGCAACACCAGUUGCUUCAUCCUGGCAACACCAGUUGCUUCAUCCUGGCAACGCCAGUGGCUGUAACCUGGCAACACCAGUGGCAGUAACCUGGCAACACCAGUGGCUUCAUCCUGGCAACACCAGUGGCAGUAUGCUUUCAGAUGUCUAUUUUCCAAAGACAGCAUCACAUGGAGUUGAGCAUUUAGUAUGAACUUUUUAUGAAUAUACAAGAAAAUACCUCCUCCAUCGAAAUAUCUACAAUAUCGACAUAUUUUCCAAUAAUGAAAUUGAUGAUAAAUGUUUAUUAGGAAUAGAUAUAUUUAAAUAAAAUGGUGUGUUUCA